GGUGGGCUAGAAGAAGGUUUGCAGUGGCUUCCCCGGAUGAUGCUAAACAGGCCGGCGUAGCGUAAGGCUCGGGUUGAAUGGAGCUGCUUUUGAGGCUGAAGUAGGAAAAAGCAGCGAGGGGCAGCCACUGGCUGUGGGCUCAAGGGAGGGUCAUUUCCUUCCCAUCUGGAUAUGUGGAUGCAGUUAGUCACAUUCGCUCGGAGUAAGCCCCGUUGAAUACAGCGGGACUUUCUUCCGAGUAGAAAUGUAAAGAUCUGCAUUGCAAAACUUAAAAGAGUGGUUGGAUUUUUUUAUCUCUCGUGUAUCUCAAACCUAAGGAGAAAAGCUAACAAAAGACAGCGAGCGGGUUUUUUCCCCAGAUGUUUUCCAGAGAAAAUACUAGACAACAAGGACUAUGUCUGUUUUCCCCAAGAUCAAACUGAGGCCAGAGGUUGAAGAAUACCUGCAGGCUGCAUUUAAAAAUGAUGAGCUCAUAUCUGAUGUAGGUCCCUUGGAAGCUGAGAGGAAAUAUGAACGUCUAUUAAAUAAUUUGUCUCACCCGCCAGCUUUCACAACAGUCCGAGUGAACACUCACUUAGCAUCUGUGGAACAUGUAAGAAGUCUGCUGUCUGAAGAGAUCCACAAGCAAUAUAAAGGUUUUAGUGUUCCAUUUCUUGAACAUCCAGAUCUUCCUGACAUUUUACUUAUUCCUAUUAUUGGACCCAGAAAGGAUCUGCAAGAAUUGACAAAUCAAGUAAUUGUUGGAGCCCAAUGUGGGAAUGCAGUACUUCGAGGAGCACAUGUAUAUGCCCCUGGAAUUAUAUCCGCUUCAAAAUUUACGAAAGCUGGUGAUGAGGUUUCUGUAUACUCUGAUAUUGAAGGGAAAUGUAAAAGAGGAGCCAAAGAAUUUCUGGGUACCAAAGUUUUCCUUGGAAAUGGGAUUUCUGAAGUGAGACGCAAUGACAUUUUUAAUUCUAAUGGCCCAUUGAAAGGAUUGGGAGUAAAAAUGACAGAGCCGAUCUACCUUAGCCCUUCAUUUGAUAAUGUUCUCUCCAGUUAUAUAUUCUUGCAGAAUUUGCCCUCUUCAGUUGUGAGCUAUGUUUUAAAUCCCCAGCCAGGCGAGAAAAUUUUGGAUAUGUGUGCAGCUCCUGGGGGAAAAACAACCCAUCUUGCAACAUUAAUGCAUGAUGAGGGGGAGGUAAUUGCCAUGGACAAGAUAGCAGAUAAAGUCAAGAAAAUUGGGCAAAAUGCUGCACUGCUCCAGCUGAAUUGUAUUAAAACAUUUUGCUAUGAUAGUACGAAGGCACUUACCACCAACCAGACAGAAUGUGGGCAAGGAGGGCCUCCAUUUUUACCAGAGUCAUUUGAUCGAAUACUUCUUGAUGCUCCCUGUAGUGGGAUGGGGCAAAGACCAAACAUGGCUUAUUCCUGGUCUUUAAAGGAAAUGAAUUCUUACCAGCCCUUGCAGCGCAAGCUCUUCAGAGUGGCGGUACAGCUGCUGAAGCCAGAGGGCAUCCUGGUAUACAGUACUUGCACAAUUACACUUUCAGAAAAUGAGGAGCAGGUUGCUUGGGCACUGCAGACCUUCCCUUGCCUCCGGCUUCAGUCGCAGGAGCCUCAUGUUGGACGAGAAGGAAUGAAGGGAGCCGGGUUGUCACCUGAGCAAUUGAAACAGCUGCAGAGGUUUGAUCCAUCUGAUACAGUUCUGCAGGGAAUUGAUUUUAAUUCAUUGCAAGAUUUCAAAUAUGACGAUUUAAUCAAAUUGGCAAAUAAAGAUUGCAUAGGAUUUUUUAUUGCUAAAUUUAUGAAAGUGCAGUGAAAGCCGUAAAUGUACUGUUUAAUAUAAGAAUGUUCUCCUGUUAAUGUUGGGAGCGUUCUGAACUCCAUAUAGUACUGCUGCAGUGUUGUCAAGCCAACAGACUGACGACACGGUUGCUAUAGCAGCAGAAAAUCUGCCAGCUGUUUCUCCUGGGAGAGAUCCACAGGUUGGAGAAACAAGUCUGCAGAAAGGGGGCAGUUUCUGUCUGGAAGUCGUUGCUUGGUUUUGUAUUAGAAGGUCACUGGUUCUAGAAUAUGGGCCUUUUUAAAGAGUGUGUUAUAUAUUGUACAAAAUUGGUGAUGAAAAUAUUCUAUCAUGCAUUGUAAAGCUGUGUUUGCUAAAUAAAUGCUUUUGAUAGGCAGUUUUAUAUUAUUAAAGAGAGUGAUGUA